UCAUUUUCGUUACAUUAGAUGCAAUAUAUCCUCCUCAGUGUCACGGCGCUGGACUCCGUCUGUCUCCAUUCUGACCCGAAAUUAAGGAAUUAAAUCCAUUUUCAUUUCAUUACAAGACGGCCCUUCCAUUGAGCUCCACGAUGAUGGACAUUGAGGUGCCUGACAUACUUCCCAGUCAACAGGACAUGGAGCUGAUCGACAUCCUCUGGAGGCAGGACGUGGACCUGGGCGCGCGGCGGGAGGUGUUCGACCAGAACCACCGGCAGAAGGUGCACGCCCUGCAGCGGCGGAGCGAGCAGGAGGAGGAGAAGAAGCAGCAGCGUCUCAGGGACGAGCAGAAGGCUCUCUUGGACCAGCUGCAGCUCGACGAGGAGACGGGAGAGUACAUCCCCAAGCCGCUGGCCAGCGGCGCCCUGACGCCGGCGCCCGCCAACCCCCUGGUUGUGAUACAGAAUGUGAACUUCUCAGAAGGCGAUGACUCCAUGUCAUUUGACGAAUGUAUGCAGCUGUUGGCAGAGACGUUCCCCCUGGCGGAGGACACCUCCGCCUGCCUGGACAGCAGCGUGCCCCCGGUCCCCAGCAGCGACACCCACAGCCUCAUGCCUUCCAAGCAGCCCGCUCUCCCCCUGGCCUCGCUGUCCCCCGCCCCCGUCAUCGCAGACAGGAGGGGGCCAGAGAUGGACCAGGCCUGGAUGGAGCUGUGGUCCCUCCCAGAGUUGCAGCAUUGCCUGAACUUGCAAAUGGAGGACCCCCUGGAGACAACGGCGUACCUUCCCACGAGCAUCCCCGACGUACAAGAGGGAAACUAUACAUAUUACCCCCUGUCAAACGCCCCCAACGUGGGGCCCAACCCGGUGGAGGCCUGCCCCCCCACCUUCAUCAACGCCUUCGAGGAAGUCUUUCACGAUAUGGUCGCGCCAGAACCAAUGAUGGGGGACGCCAACCUGGGCCCCAAAGGGUUCUGUGGCGACGCCUUCUACCCCGACCCCGUCCUCUGCCCGCCGGAGGCUGUGGAGGCCAACGUGAUGGAGCACAAAGAAAGCGGCAUACUGCCAGAGCUACCAAAGAAGCCUCCUUUAAACGCCGUGGACGCCCACAGCCACUCGCCCCUGGGGGAGGCGCUGGAGAGGUGCAAGCAGGAGCCCAUGGCCGAGGUCCCCGACUCCGACUCGGGCAUCUCUCUGAACCCCAGCCCCCACGCCAGCUCCCCGGAGAAGUCCGUCUACGGCGACGGCUCCUUCGGUUUCAGCGACAGCGACAUGGACGACUUGGACUUCAACCCCGGGAGCGCCGAGUCCGAUUACUCCGAGAUGUUUUCCUUGAACUUCCAACCCGACGACUUCCAGCAGAGUGCGCUCAUGUUGUCCCAGGCGGGGCAGCCGGAGGCCCAGCAGGACAAGAAGCCCAAGCUGCACAACGCCAAGCCCGCGGAAGAGGGCGGACAGAGCGAGGGGCCGUUCACCAAAGACAAGCAGAAGAGGCGCUCCGAGGUGCGUCUCUCCCGGGACGAGCAGCGGGCCCGGGCACUCCGCAUCCCCUUUACCGUGGACAUGAUCAUCAACCUGCCCGUGGACGACUUCAACGAGCUCAUGUCCAAGCACCAGCUCAACGAGCCCCAGCUCGCGCUGGUGCGAGACAUCCGGCGCCGGGGCAAGAACAAGGUGGCGGCGCAGAACUGCCGCAAGCGCAAGAUGGAGAACAUCGUGGGGCUGGAGUACGAGCUGGACUCCCUGACGGAGGAGAAGGAGCUGCUGCAGAUGGAGAGGAGCAAGAACGGGAGCAGCCUGCGCAAGAUGAAGCACCAGCUGAGCACGCUGUACCUGCAGGUGUUCAGCAUGCUGAGGGACGAGGAGGGGAAGCCCUACUCCCCGUCCGACUACUCGCUGCAACAGACCACCGACGGCAGCGUGUUCCUGGUGCCACGCACUAAAAAGACACACGCCAAGAGCAAAGACCACAAACCGGCGUCCGCUGAUUAAUAUGGUACUGCAUUAUCAUCGUAGUGAUUAUACUAUGCAAUAACUUUGUAGUUACUCGGCUUCAAGAAUAUGUAGAUCAGCAGUGCUAUUAUAUAGUUAUUGCUUUCUCCUCCCAAAUCUUGUAAUAUUUUUGAUAUUUUACUUCUUUUGUACCGCUUUCUAAUAUUGAGAUUCUUUUCCUAUAUUGUUUGUAAAUAUAAACUUUCCUUGCCGUUCGAAUAUGUAUUGUAUAUAUAUUUUAGUAUUUUAAGAAACUCGUUUCAAUCACUGUUACUUUGUUAAAGCUUCGAUUUGCUGACCCGAUUUUUUUAAAUCCUUUGGCCUUUCAAUAAACACUUUUCCUACACCACAAUU